UGGCUAGGAUUUCCGCCCCCGACAGAGACUCCGGAAGCGGUAGCUUCAAGCUUUUGCUGCGGGGUCUGAAUCCGGCCUUGCGAUGGGUUGCGACGGAGGAACGAUCCCCAAGAGGCACGAGCUAGUGAAGGGGCCGAAGAAGGUGGAGAAGGUUGACAAAGAUGCUGAAUUAGUGGCCCAGUGGAACUACUGUGCUCUCAGCCAGGAAAUCCUGAGACGACCAAUAGUUGCCUGUGAGCUUGGCAGACUUUAUAACAAAGACGCCGUCAUCGAGUUUCUCUUGGACAAAUCUGCUGAAAAGGCUCUGGGGAAGGCGGCUUCUCACAUUAAAAGCAUCAAGAACGUGACGGAACUGAAGCUCUCUGAUAACCCCGCCUGGGAAGGGGGCAGAGGAAACACUAAGGGUGACAGGCAUGAUGACCUCCAGCGAGCACGUUUCAUCUGCCCUGUUGUGGGACUGGAGAUGAACGGGCGACACCGGUUUUGCUUCCUUCGGUGCUGCGGUUGUGUGUUUUCCGAACGUGCCUUGAAAGAGAUAAAAGCUGACGUUUGCCACACGGUGAGUUCCCGCCACACCACAUUUGUCCCUUCUUGGUGGCUGAGGGAAUCAGCAGUGUCCGUUUGUCAUCACAUCCCUAAGUUCCUCUGGAACACGGAUCUAUGUGGGGCUGCCUUCCUGGAGGAUGACGUCAUUGUGCUCAAUGGCACCAAGGAGGAUGUGGAGACGCUGAAGAAGAGGAUGGAGGAGAGGCGACUGCGGGCCAAGCUGGAGAAGAAAACAAAGAAGCCCAAGGCAGCAGAGUCUGUUUCGAAGCCAGGUGUCCUGGAAGACUCCGCAGGACCAUCAAACGUGAAGGCAGGCAAGCCCGAGGAGAUGGGCCCUGAUCCUAGAGAGAAGAAAGCCGCCUCAGCUCCCAGAGGUGCAGCAGCCAGUGGGAACUCUUGUGGGAAAGCUGGAAAGCCUCCAAGUGGGGCACUGAAGAGGUCCAUCGCAGACAGCGAAGAGUCGGAAACCUACAAGUCCAUCUUCACAACUCACAGCUCUGCCAAACGCUCCAAGGAGGAGUGCGCCCAUUGGGUCACCCACACGUCCUACUGCUUCUGAAGCAAGCCCUCGGUCCUGCGGGGCGCCUCCUCCCGUGGGGUCUUGUGCACCUUGUCCCCGUGUGGCUCCAAGCUAUAAAUUCUCCUCUGUGGUCUGUGGCCUGUGUGCUCACUUGUUAGGAAGUGUGUGGGCCCCGGGGAGGACAUGCAGUGGCUUACAAUCAUCAGCCUCUCCUGUGCUUAGCCCUUGCCAUGGCCAGAAUGCCUGGUGGUCCCCUCGGUAUCCUU